AUGUGGGGCCACGAAGUCACCAGAACGCCCAAGUUCCCCAUUCAUCAAGGUAGUGGUCGGCGUAGGGGUAAUGUGCUUCUUCGACAGCAAUCUGGCCAGGCUUGCGCAAAGUCUACUCGCCACCAAUGCAUCAUGCACAUUUCUUGA